AUGUCCGCAUCUCCUGCUAUGGUACCCCCCGGGGCCAUGUUGCCUCCGAAGUUCGACAACACGCUUGGAGCGCUCCUUGUAGGAGGCCUGGUAGCGAUGGCUCUAUGGGGAAUUACGUGCGUACAGACAUACAACUAUUACAUGCGCGUGAACAAGGAUCGCGUCUACCUCAAACUCAUGGUUGGGUUCCUUUGGGCGCUGGACACGUUUGAUUCAGCGCUGAAUGGGCACAUACUCUAUUACUACAUGGUCAGCAACUACUUGAACCCACUAGCAAUCUUCAAACCCGUUUGGAGUGUGAUCAUUCAUGUCGCUGCCACAUCUAUCUCGAACUUCUUGAUUCGUACGCUGUUCGCUCACAGAAUUUUCCGACUGAGCAAGGGAAACCUCCUCUUGACCGCUUGGGUGAUGGCCAUUUCACUAUCAGAUCUUAUUGUUGGCAUCACCAUCACAGUGAAAGCCUUCGGCAUCCCAUCUUUCCCUGAUCUCGACAGGCUUUCGGGUCUCAUGUAUACGACCUUCGCGCUGGGAACGGGUAGCGAUCUUUCCGUCGCUCUUGCUCUCUCAUGGUUGCUCUACCGAUCGCAGACAGGCUUCCGCCGGACGGAUUCUCUGAUCAGGAUGCUAAUGAUGUAUACAGUCAAUACUGGCAUGAUCGUCGCCAUUGACGCGUCUUUGGGGAUGAUCCUGUACAUCGUCAUGCCAAACAACUUUAUCUUCCUCGGGUUCUACCUCUUGCUGAGCAAACUUUAUUUGAACUCUUACCUAGCAACGCUCAAUGCUCGCGAGCUCCUGCGUGGCGAAAGGAAUGGUGAAAUGGUCUCGAUCCAUCUAUCCCAAAUAUCUCAGUCAAGACGCUACGACGUUGAAAACUCGAUUCCUACCAUUGUCAACGAAAAGACGAGCACAGGAAAAUCAGAAAAUACACUGGCAAUUUCAAUACAAACUCUGAUCGACAAGAAGAUCGAUGAUGGGUCGAAUUCAGCCGUGAAUAGUCCUCGAGAUAACAGCCCUCGAGACGAGAUACCCCGUGCGGUGUAG